AUGGACAACACAACACCCCCAGCUCUGGAUGAAAUGAAGGAUGUAGAGAAAGAAAAGGAGAUGGGGAAUGAAGAACAGGAUGAUGACAAUGAUGAUGGAUUUGUUGGACUCUUGAAUGAUGUCGACCAACAUCCGUCCAUUGGUGUCAGGACACCCAGUGUGUUUGGUACGGUGAAACCCCAAACCAAACUUCUCUCUACCCCGGACUCACCCUCUAACAGUCUGGAACUACAAGACCAUGAAAGAGGACCAGAAGAGAGACCCAGGCAUCUGGAAGACACAGAACCAGGCUCUGAACUGCAUGCGACUCAAGGCCUUUUGGUUGAUAUUCAAAGAUGUGACAGUGUAGUGCGGGAGAGGGGAGAGGAGAGGGGAAAAGAACAGGAGGGGUCAGAGAGUGAAAGAGUAAAGGAUUCAAGGAUGAGCAGAAGGAGCGUGAAGGAGAGAUGGAGACUGAGGAAGAGGGAGAGGUUGGGAGGGAGCAUGCCAGCAGCAAAGACAGAGGGAUGGGAAAAGAUGGAGAAAAGAGAGCGAUGGAGAGAGUGGAGGAUGAGAAAGAUGGAAGCGGAAGAGGGGAUGCAAGAUGGAUGUGUGCUGAAUGAGAGGAGCGAGGAGAGGAAGAGUGCAGAGCAGACAGGUGAUAAAGAGACAGAGAGGAUAGGGGAUAGAGAGAUGGAAGGAGAAAGUGCAGGGGACAGAAAGAUGGAAGGAGAGAGUGUCAGGGAUAGAGGGAAGGAUGGCGAGAAGGAAGGUGCCAGCAGCCUGAGCUCUGAGGGGAGCUGUAGUGAAACCUGCUGGUCUCCUUCCUCCCAUUCCAUCCUCUCCAGGAUGCUCAUGCACUCCUCUGUCUCAUCCUCCUCUUCCUCCUUCAACUGCUCCUCAGCGGAGAGCGAUGAGGUCUUCAGCGAAGGAGAGGACACUGCCAGCAAGAGGAGCACCAUGAGGAGGGUGAGAUUGAGAACUGAACGUGAAAAGAGCAAGUAUAGGCCUACUAGAUACAGCAUACUUUUGGAGAUAACAACAAUAUGUCACUGGUUUCAUAUCCACUGUAGGCCCACACUGUAAAUAUCUGUUUCCGUGGAUGCCUUUAUUCUCCAUGAAAUAAUGUCUGUAAUUUCCAUCCCCUUCUCAACCCCUCUCUGUCUAACCGCUGUCUGCGAUUUGCAUGAGUUUGAAAGCGAGCCUUGAGCCUUGACACGGGCAAAUUUGAAUAGGAUUUGCAUGGGUCCUAUUGAUGGAGAUAGGGGAGGGGGGAGAGGCUGAGGGGUGUUUCACCUCCAGUCCUUUCCCACUCCCCUUAGUGUAGGCCUACAGUAUUCCACAUUGCCCAUUAUGAAGCUAAAGAGAAAGACAAUUGAAAUAGAAAGUAUACUAUUUUAAGCGCACAUGACAAUGAAAAUUCUAUUUACUCCAGUGUCGCUCCUGGAGGACCUUCCUGACCUUGAUGCAGUGGUCAGUGCGUCGGCAGAGCUCAUGGGUCCAGCUAGCAGGACAUCAAGGCACGUGUCCAUUCAACAACACAAACACAUCGCUAUAUCACUUUAUAUGUACUGUAUAACAUCUCACCAUUUACUCCCACAUCAUCAGCUCUCCAAAUCAUUCACUCAUUCUGUUACAAUGUGAGCAUUGAGGCAACUGCAGAUAAAUUGGUUACUUAGUGAUUGUAGAAGUUACAGUUAAAUAUUGACUACACCUACCCUCCCCUCUCCCCUGCCUCUGUGUUGCUAGGUAACUUCAAGCUGAGUGAAGGGGGCGAGGUGCUGAAGCGUUUCAGUGAGGUGGAGGCUGUGUGUCUUCAGGCCCUCAUGGCCGACCCCCUGCGUCCAUUUGUACCGCAGUAUCAUGGCUCGGUCACCAAGGGGAACGAGAGUUACAUCCGCCUGGAGGACUUACUGAGGGGCCUGAAGAACCCUGUCAUCAUGGACUGCAAGAUGGGCGUGAGGUACUGUGUGUGUGUGUGUGUGUUUGUGUUUGUGUUUGUGUGUGUGUGUGUGUGUGUGUGUGUGUGUGAGUGUGUGUGUGUGUGUGUGUGUGUGUGUGUGUGUGUGUGUGUGCGUGUGUCAGAGGAGGCUGGUGAGGGGAGGACGGCUCAUAAUAAUGGAUGGAAAGGAAUGAAUGGAAUGGAAUCAAACAUGGAAAACCAGGUGUUUGAUGUAUUUGACACCAGGCAUUCGAUUCAUUCUGUUCAAGCCAUUACUAUGAGCCCGUUCUCCCUAUUAAAAGUGCCAACAGCCACCGCUGGUGUGUGUGUGUGUGUGUGUGUGUGUGUCUGUAAUUAAGCUACUGUUGCUCUCAGGACAUACCAGGAGGAGGAGUUAACCAAAGCACACACUAAGCCCACCCUGCGGACUGAUAUGUACCAGAAGAUGGUAAAAGUAGAUCCGACGGCCCCCACGGUGGAGGAACACGAGCAGCGAGGCGUGACAAAGUGGCGCUACCUGCAGUGGAGGGAUAACACCAGCUCCACCGCCACGCUAGGCUUCAGGAUCGAGUGCAUUAUGGUGAGAGACACGGCUUCAACGCCCAAACCUCUGCUGUCCUCUGAUUGGCUAAAUGAUAACAGAGGGAAAUAAACAUCAGAAUGAAGAUCAAGAUAAUAAGUCUUAUUUUGUGCCAAAGUCUUUAUUUAUUGACUUCAACAUUUAUAUUUUAAAAGUCCUGACUGUUCUCGACCUCUCUGUCUCUCGGGGGGGUCUACUAACUUCACUGGGUUAUGUAUACUGGGGUUAUGUAUAUUGGGGUUAAGUGUGCUGAGGUUAUGUAGACUGUUGGUGGUCUACAAUAGUCCCAGGGUUUUAGGGCCUGAUUCAAUCAGAUCCGCUUUAGACGACAUCUGAAUAGUUGUAUAAUGUCGGAGGUGGAACUGCAUUUUACAUUUACAUUUUAGUCAUUUAGCAGACGCUCUUAUCCAGAGCGACUUACAGUUAGUGAGUGCAUACAUUAUUUGUUUUAUUUUUCAUACUGGCCCCCCGUGGGAAACGAACCCACAACCCUGGCGUUGCAAACGCCAUGCUCUACCAACUGAGCUACAUUCCUGCCGGCCAUUCCCUCCCCUACCCUGGACGACGCUGGGCCAAUUGUGCGCCGCCCCAUGGGUCUCCCAGUCACGGCCAGCUAUGACAGAGCCUGGAUUCGAACCAGGAUCUCUAGUGGCACAGCUAGCACUGCGAUGCAAUGCCUUAGACCACUGCGCCACUCGGGAGGCGUAUACAUAUAUAUAUUUUUUUCAUACUGGCCCCCCAUGGGAAACGAACCCACAACCCUGGCGUUUCAAGCGCCAUGCUCUACCAACUGAGCUACACAGGGCCCAUAAAUACAUUCAUUUAUAUUGACAUCCUAAAAGUGGCACUAUUCACUGCACUUUUCCCUAACCUUAAAAAUCAACCAUAUUAAUUUCACAUUUCGACCUUAAAAAACAAUAUAAUAAAAAUAAUAAUAUGCCAUUUAGCAGACGCUUUUAUCCAAAGCGACUUACAGUCAUGCGUGCAUACAUUUUUGUGUAUGGGUGGUCCCGGGGAUCGAACCCACUACCUUGGCGUUACAAGCGCCGUGCUCUACCAGCUGAGCUACAGAGGGGUCUAUUCAUUGCACAUCAUACCUAUCAUUCAAAUAAAUACACCUGACCAGCAGUAGGGGGCACAAGGGGCAGUGGAGUAGUUUCUCUUACUUAGACAACCUUGUCCAAAUGAAAACCGUUGCCUGCUUUUUAAAGCAAUUUCAACUUUUUCUUUGCUUGAUCUCCAAGGGGAGGCUAUUCCAUAGACAAAUGCCUGUAUAGAAAAACGUGCUCCUCGCAAUACUGUUUCCUCUUGGGAUUUCACAAGACAUAACACUAGCUCUGGUAUUGUAACUGUGUUAGUUAUAGACCAUAUCAAUGUGGUUUUUCAUAUAACCUGGUGUCAAACAUAUGAUUAAGUUUAAGUUGGUCCACCCUGGAAUACAAAGGUAACAAGAACUCCUGUACCCCUAUGUGGGUCCCAUGGGGGACAUUCAGCAUAUACCUGAUAACAUUAUGUUGCAUGACCUGCAUUCUCUUUUUCAGCUUUUUUGAUAGCCCACUAUACCAAGCAGAGCAGGCUUAAUCAAAAUGACACUGAAUCAAGGUUGAGACAAGCAGUUUUUUAACUCUGAUGUUAAAAUAUCUAGUGUUACUAUAUAAAAAUGUCUAUUUGUUUGCCAUUUUAGAAAUAAUUUUAGCAGCAAUCAGGUCUCCAGAAAGGGAUUGAUCUAGGAACACACCAAAAUAAGUUACAUUUGUUUUAGAUUCAAUCUCCUUGCCUGCACAGUUUACCUUUAUCUUGUCAGCCCUAAGCAAUCUACGUUUUGUUCCAAACAAAAUCAAUUCAGUUUUUCCCAAAUGUAGCGACAAUUUGUUGUCAGUCAACCAAUCUCUAACAAAAUGCAAUUCCUUACUCAGGGUCUCCUCUAUGUAAACUGUAUCCUUCCCUGAGUCAUCAGCAUAAAGCAGGAGUUUGCACUUUACUGGAUCUGGCAUAUCAUUAACAUAUAUAAGAAAUAAGAGAGGCCCUAAAAUUGCUCCCUGCGGUACUCCACAGGAUAUUUCUUUGGCCUCUGACAGAACAUCACCAACAUUACAUACUUGUGUUCUGUUGGUCAGGUAAGACCUAAACCAAUUCACUGCUACAUCAUUUAGACCCAUGCAUUUCAGUUUCAUCAGGAGAAUAUCAUGGUCCACAGUGUCAAAAGUUUUCUGAAAGUCUAACAUGACCAUACUUGUAUAGUUCCCCUUCUCACUUUCCUGCUUGAUGUGGUCAAAAUAAGGCAAGUAUCAAUGGAAUGAGCUGUUCUAAAGCCAGAUUGUAGCCUUGUUUAAGUUCAAACACUGGAAUGUGAGAAAUCCUAAUUAUUUUAUUGAAUUAUUUUCAAUUUGAGCGUAUUUUUAAAAAUGUUUUACUCCUUUUUCUCCCCAGUUUCGUGAUAUCCAAUUGUUAGUUACAGUCUUGUCCCAUCGCUGCAACUCCCGUACGGACUCGGGAGAGGCGAAGGUCGAGAGCCAUGUGUCCUCCGAAACACGACACUGCCAAGCCGCACUGCUUCUUGACACACUGCUCGUCUUAACCUGGAAGCCAGCCGCACCAAUGUGUCGGGGAAAACACCGUACAACUGGUGACUGAAGUCAGCGUGCAUGCGCCCGGCCCACCACAAGGAGUCACUAGAGCGCGAUGGGACAAGCACAUCCCGGCCGGACAAACCCUCCCCUAACCCGGACGAUGCUGGGCCAAUUGUACGCUGCCUCAUAGGUCUCCCGGUCGCGGCCGGCUGCGACACAGCCUGGGAUCGAACCUGGGUCUGUAGUGACGCCUCUAGCACUUAGACCGCUGUGCCACUCGGGAGGCCCAGCGUAAUUAUUUCUAUAUAGCCUACACUUUCUCAUUCUUAACUUCUAACGCGAGUGGGCGGGUUAGGCUUUGUGACAAUGAUCACAAGAGCAGCUGCUCACCUAUUUGACAGCUCCAACGCAGUUCCACCUCCGACACUGCCAAAACAUCAGCAAUGCGGGUGUCAGCUAUCGCUGGUUAACACUUGAUCUGAUUGAAUCUAGGCCUUAGUCUGUGUUUGUCCCUGUGUGUCCAUGUUAGAUGGAGAAUGGCAGCAUACAGCGGGACUUUAAGAAGAUGCUCACCCCAGCCCAGGUCACUGAGGCACUCCUCUCCUUCACCAAGAGUCAGCUACACAUCCUGGUCAGUAAUUCGCCAUCAACAUCACCUAUAUUAUGUACAACGUACAGGUUUCACACACCUCUAAUAAUAUAGCUAAAAUAUAUCUCCUUUUCACGCUGCACUCUCCCUUCUGGUUCUCACCCUUAGAAGGCCUACCAUUCCAGACUUCAGGCUCUGGAUGAAGCCCUGAAGGAAUCACCAUUUUUCAAAGCCCACGAGGUCAGUUCAUAUUUACCACUUAAACAUGUCAACUAUCCCUCUACUUAAUAAUAACAUAUUUAGCCUCAGAACUAGUCAUACAGUAAUGUUUUGGGUUCACCUGACAGGUGAUUGGCAGCUCGCUCCUCUUUGUCCACGACCGGACCAGUAAGGCAAGCAUCUGGAUGAUAGACUUUGGGAAAACCAUCCCGUCGCCCAGCAGUGUGCAGCUGAAGCACGACGUCCCAUGGGCCGAGGGGAACCGGGAGGACGGGUACCUGAUCGGGCUGGCCACCCUCACCUCUUUCGUGGGUCAGGCCAUCAGCCAGGCAGCCUGUAGACAGGAGGAGACACAUGGAGAGGAGAUGGACAGUGUCCAUCUGCAGGAACAGGAACAGGAACAGGAACAGGAACAGGAACAGGAACAGGAACACACACAGACUAAAAGCCAGGGUGGUCAGGACGAGGCAACACAGAAUGAAAGUACUUUUGAUGGAACAAGAGAGACCACAUCAGAACAAUACUCACAGGAAUGUGUUCUCUAAUUGACAUGGAUGAUGUCUGUGGAUGAUUUGAAGCAUUGCAAUAGACAGUAUUAAUGGAUAGAAUACAGAAUACAGGGUGAGUUAAGUUGAACAAGGUGUUUAUGG